CCAGAGCAGUGCAUUGUGGGAAACUCCUGAGCUCUCCAACGCGUCCACAGCCGCCACCCGCUGUCGUCCCGCGGAGGGAGCGCGCAGGGCCGAGCGGGAACCCGAUCGACUGCGCCCAUAUAAUGCCCAGGGGCAAGCUGUCCUGAGACACUGUGGUCUGGACACCUGCCUGUCCCACCCACCCCCACCCAGCUGCCAGCACUACCCACCAUGGAGUCCAGGGGAAAAUCGGCCAGCAGCCCCAAGCCAGACACCAAGGUGCCUCAGGCCACUGCUGAGGCCAAGGCCACCCCAGCUGCAGACGGUAAAGCCCUUUGACCAAGCCUGUGAAGAAGGAGACCCAAGCAGAAGAAGCAGGAGCAGCCAGCAGCCCCCCGUUCCGGCCCCUGCUAAGAAGACCCUCGGCCAAAGGCAGACCCUGCCCUCCUCCUAAACAACCACAGCAACCUGAAGCCGGCCCCCCACGCCCCCACAGCCCCCAGCAGUCCUGACGCAGCCCCAGAGCUCAAGGGUCCUGGGGACGGAGCAGAGGAGGAGUCUGGUGCUGGGGGCCCAGGGGGCCGAGGUCCCUGGCCCUGUGAGAACUGACCCCCUCUGCUGGUGGCUGGGGGUGUGGCUAUGGCAGCUGUUGCCCUGAUUCUUGGUGUGGCCUUCCUGGCCCGGAAAAAUGAUGCCUGAUGUCCAGGUGGGGCACAGAGGCACUUCCUGUGCAGCCUGGGAGUUCACUGCAUGCGAGUCCACACAGACCUAUCUACACGCAUCACACAUAUGUAUCUAUGUACACAUAUGCCCUACACAUAAACACAGCAGGAGAGAUGGACAGCCCACCCUCAGAGAACAGCGAGUCCACCUCUGACCCCAGCACAUGCCUGUCAGGCUCCAGGGCAGAAGCAGCCUGGGCUCUGGGCUUGUAGGGCAAGGCAGGCAGAACUCCAGCACUGGGUAGAGGCUUGCCUGGGCCCGACAGCUGCGGGCAGGGAGGAGGCUCAGGUAGUGGGGCAGCUGGACUUUAUGGGGACAUCAAAGAACAUGGCUACUUCACUCCCCCACUUCUGCUCUCUGAACUGCCGAAGGGUCUGUCUGGACCUGAUGUGGGGAACUGGCAUGAAGUGGGUGGUCACCUCUGCAGAGCCACCUCCGCCCACUGCCUCGUGCCCUGGCAGGGGAAGACAAGGUUGGUCUUGGGAGCAGCUCCCCAAAGUUUGCCUUUUCCAGCUUGUGCCCCAGGGGAGCCGGAGGCUGGGACCGCCACACUUCCUAUCCACUUCCUGCCCAGUAGGUCAGUUACCCUGGGGUGUGACUGACAGCCUGGAGACAGCUGGGGGGACAUCGAGAACCCCAUUCCACAGCUGUGUCUGCCCAACACCCGCAGCAGACUGCCCCCUCCCCUGCACCUGGUGUCCGGAGUCUGAAGCGUUAUACAUGCAAUUAACACAGAGUAGAGCCACGGAGGGUGGUUGUCGCCCACCUCACUGCCCCUUCUUACCACUUCUGGUCCCAGCCUGUCCCCAUGUAAGGACAGCUGGCAGGCUUCAGAAGGUAGCAGUGGGCACUGGGGUACUUUGCCCUCAACCUGGCCAGCAGCUGCAGGAACCCUGGGCCUGAGUGGAGGCUGAGUCUGAAAUAAAACUAUGUUGUCUAAGG